AUGUCAGUUUGUUUAGGUGUUACAAAAGGGAUCGCUGUCUCUUCAUUAGGUAUUUAUGCUGGUAUUCUAACCACCGGUACUAUCUGUACUUAUAUGGUUCCGGUAGAUGUCAUAACUAAACAUUUAAACUCUGUUGUCUGCAGAGUUGGUGAGGUUGCAUCUGCUCUAGGUCUUCUAUCUACAGGGUUUUUCUCAUUAAGUUAUUUCGGUGCUCCAUCUCAUCUAAGACACCCAUAUUUGAUUUACAGUGCCCUAGUCGCACCCGCAUCAGCUCUUUAUUUGUGGGCGAUCUCUAGAUGUAAUCACAAAUGCCAUGCAAAGUCAAAGAUUGCUGAACAAGGUAAAACCAAUGGGGAUAACAAAACCCAAAGUCCACCUCUAGGCGAUUCGGUCGUCGAUUUGGGUGCAGAUUCAAAGGUUCCAUCUGGUCAUCCACCUGUUAAGGAAGGUGCCAAGUGUCCUAUGGGUAAUGCUGUCGUCACAAACGAACCUUCAUCUACAGACUAUGCUAGACCUGCAGGUUGCCAAAGUAAAUUUGCCAAACAUUUGGCUGUCGUGACUGGUGUUGCCAUCAUUGGAUUUUUACAAUCUGUAAUCGGUGUAUAUGGUGAACCAGCUUGA